AAUAAAACUCGCGGUGCCGCCGCGAGAAUAAGACAUGGGGGCAGAUGAUCUUGCGACUUCUAACAGCGUUCUCAACGAGGAUAUCUAAGAAAACCACUUUGGUGUGUUGUGUUGUUUUUGAACAGAAACGCAAGGACAGACUACGACCAAGUCGACUAAGUCAAGUUUAGCGUAAGAGGAAAAGACGGACAGUAGAGGUCUGAAAGCACGCACGAGAGAGAGAGAGAGAGAGAGAGAGAGAGAGAGAGAGAGAGAGAGCGAGAGAGCGCGAUCGUAUCUCAUCCUUGUAAUCGCAACCUCAAUCCGGACUGCAUCCAGUUCCUCCGCUGCUAAUUAUGUCGAGCAGCAAAGCGACUCUAGCCUUCCUCAUCUACGGGCUCCUUGUGCACUGCAGCGUGUGUUCUCCAAUAACCUACCCAAACGUCAGGUUGGAGAAUGCGGGCUACGACGAAGAAGGUAAUUCGUUACCAGAUUUGGCCUUUGACAGUGACCAGGUUGCUCUUCGAGGCUCUCCGUCAGUCGUGGAUGAUGUCUUCACGUUAUAUUAUCCACCAGAGAAAAGAACGGAAAGGCAUGCAGAUGGGAUGUUUAACAAAGCCUACAGGAAAGCGCUGGGUCAGUUAUCAGCUCGGAAAUACCUGCAUUCUCUGAUGGCUAAACGCGUAGGAGGAGGAAGCACAAUGGAGGACGACACAGAGCCGUUAUCCAAGCGCCACUCGGACGGGGUCUUCACGGACAGCUACAGUCGUUAUCGGAAGCAAAUGGCCGUGAAGAAGUAUCUGGCCGCGGUCCUUGGCAAAAGCCCUGAAGACAUAGAUUUGGCACAAUUUCUACAAGACAUAGACAUUGGGGAGCUCCCGGAUGGGGAUGAGUUUGAGGCAUAUUUGUGGAACUGGCUGAGGCAGUUCCCUCCCGAUCUCCUGGCUUUGUGACACAGGAGGGCAGCCUGCAGCUCGGGUGCCUUUGCUUCGACUUUAAAAAUGGCCACCAAUCUCAGAUGGCACGUUAGUGGCCCUCCAAUGCUGCACAUCACCUGCUCACACUCCCCCCACUCCCUCCAUUUCACUGGAUCACAUUACAUUUAUUCAAAUGUCACCUGGUCCCACCCUAAUUUUUUCCACUUCCUCUGCCAUUUCCUGUUGUGUUUAAGCUUCAUCACAACAUCAUGUGUGAUUGGUAGCUGAGUAGAAAUCAUUGAACACUCACACUCCUGAAACUCAUGCUGUGUGUUUAAAGUUUAACAUCGCCUGAAGCCUUACUUUAAAUGAAUCUUAAAUAAGCAAAUCUAUUUCUUGUGUAGAUGAAUAGGUUAUAAUAACACACGGGAACCGCAAAAGAGUUCACCAACAAAAA